AUGACGAUUACAUACCCAUCUUCUACACAACAGCCACAGCUUCCAUGGUGUCAGACACCAUUGAAGCAGUCUAAGGCCAUGAGUCUUGCUGCAGGAUGCAAAGUCUACAUGAAACUCGAAAACCUACAACCCUCCGGCUCCUACAAAUCCCGCGGAAUGGGUAACAUGUACCUCCGCUCCCUCGCCUCCCUCCCAGACCCCAGCCGCGCAAGGUUCUACUGUUCAUCCGGUGGGAACGCCGGAUUAGCUGCUGCGACAGCUGGGAAAAUGCUGGGCGUUCCGACUACGGUUGUUGUUUCCAAAAGAACUAGCGAUUUGAUGAAGGAGAAGAUUAGGGAUACGGACGCAGAUCUUCAUGUCUUCGGGGAUGGGUUGAUCGAGGCGGAUGAGUAUAUGAGAGAAGAAUUGAUGAGGGGGGAUGAUGGGGCGGUUUAUUGUCCGCCUUUUGACCAUCCAUAUGUCUGGGAAGGAAACUCAACAUUAGUCUCGGAACUUGCGGCACAACUACCAGAAUCCCACCAGGUCCCAGACGCCAUCGUCUUCUCCGUCGGCGGUGGCGGCCUCUUCAACGGAAUAGUCGCGGGUAUGAAGGCCCACGGAUGGGAUUCGGUUCCUAUUAUUGCUGUCGAAACCCGUGGCGCGGAUUCAUUAGCCACAGCGAUGUUACUGGAUGAACAUCAUAUGUUACCGGCUAUUACCUCCAGAGCUACUAGUUUGGGUGCUAGGAGGGUUAGUAAACAGACCUGGGAGUAUGCUAGACACGGGGGGAGAGAUGCAGGGUUGGAUGUUAGGAGUGUGGUUUUGAGUGAUGAUGAGGCUUUGAUGGGGUGUGUUAAACUGGCGGAGGAUGAGAGGUUAUUGGUUGAGGAUGCUUGUGGGGUUAGUGUCGCGACGGUUUAUAAUGGAGCGUUGAGGAGGGCGUGUCCGGAGUUGAGGGAGGAUAGUUUGGUGGUUGUGAUUGUUUGCGGUGGAUCCAAUGUGACGAUGGAGAUGUUAAUGGAGGCGAAGGCGAAGAAUCUUAAUGUUGAGGAUACUACGAUUGCAGAAUCUAAGAAGUCUGUUCUGGUGACGAAGGAGGUUCCUUCGAAGGAGAGGGCUGCAUCUUCUGCGAUAUCGCCCACACGGCCGCCAAACCCGACUCGAUGGUCCUGGCGCUGGAAAUUAGGCAAUAAAUGA